CCUGCAUCUGCAUCGCAGAAACAAGUGCUCUCAAUAUAAUGAACGCCGGAGAGCAAGAAUUCGAGAUAUACGAGUGCAGUCUUUUUGAUGAUGUAGUAGGGGAAAAUGACGGCAAGGACGACUACAACAUACCAUCUCAAUACCCGGGUUUCAUAAGGUACCCUGGCGUUUCAAAACUGUCCUCUGCUAGUCCCAGCAAGCCUAUGAAUGCGAAUCCGAAACCCGAUAAAAUCCGCUUCAAACAUCGGAGAAACCAGGGGAUCAUAUUAAGGUACUCUGGCGUCUCAAAACCAUCCUCGCCCAUACCAGGCCAACCCACGAAACCGAAACCCGAUGAAACCUUCUUCAAACAUCGGAGAAUCAAGAACCGUCCACGUUUCCAGCGUGUUUAUCCACUUUAAAGCUGCGAACCGUCGAUCAGAAAGGACGACGAAUAUUAUGCCGAUAAUUCAGUGCUAUUUAUGGUAUUAUGUUACAACGAACUCGAAACAGACAGUGUAAGUCUAUGGACAUAGUAAUAUAGGAUGCAGAGAUUGAAGAUACCUCCUUUGAAAAAUAAUUAAAUCAGUUUUCAAUAUC